GUUGGAGUGUAGGCUGAAAUUGUUUCCUGCAGGGUUUCUUACACUGAUUUGUCCAAACUAAAUUCUCAAAUGUAUUUAUUGUAUCGUCGUGAAAGAAAACACGUUUAAGGAAGGACCAAAAGAAGUCGUGUUUCUUUUUUGUCCUUCUCUCUGUCUUCUUUACCUCUACAUCAUCAUCUUUCCAUCCUUACACAAUUCUUUCUUUUCAGAUGAGGUUGUUUGUGGUGAUCUUCUGUCUGCUGGUGGCUUCAGGCUCCGCCACGCAAACACUACUGGGAACCGUCAACGCCACAGAGUUCACGUUUCAUCAACUGAAAGGUGCGUCCAGAAACGAGAACUGUGUGAUCCUCCAAAGACGCAGCGGAAACUUCCGCCAAGUGGACGUGCCCUGUUCCCUCAAGGCCCGCUACCUCUGUCAGAGGCUGCUAUAAAACGACAUAUAAUACGACAUACGACAUACGACCUGUGCCUAGAGUGACAUACGACCUGUACCCUCAAGGCCCGCUACCUGUGCCAGAGACAGCCAGAGACCGACAUACGACAUACGACCUGUACCUAGAGUGACAUACGACCUCUGCCUAAGACAGCUAUAGACCGAUCUACGACAUACGACCUGUUCUCUAGACCGACCUACGACCUCAAUACGACCCCAGCAGUUCCUCCCGGUUGUACCCAACAGCUGUGUGAUCAGGAAUAAAUCUUUGACAUUGCCGCCAU